AUGGAUAGAUCUCAAAUUUGCUUAAAGAGUAUCAUAUUAAGCGGUAAUAAACUAAAAAUUUUUAAGAAUUCGAACAAUAAUUGUAAAAGAACUCAGAGAAGCAGAGAUAAUAAUCAGUUUAUAAUGAAAUAAGGCAAGGGCGACACCUGUCUAGAUUAGGAAGAGCAUUGGCAGAAAAAUCAAAGAAUUAAAUCAAUGAUUAGCAGGACUAGACGAAAAGAUCCAAAGCAUAUGAAGUACAUAAGGGAUAAAUACCUUCAGAACAAUUUUAGCAAUAUUGGGUCAAUAGUAUUCUAAGAUGGAAGAUCUGUUCAUGAAGAUACUAGCAAAAAUGAUAAAAUUAUCAGAAUAACAGAAUCUGAUUUAUCUUAAGAAAUAAGUAAAGAUUGUGAUGAAUAGGGGACUCAAGCUACUGAUUAUUACAAAAAUGAAAAACCUGAAUUCAAUAAAGUACAGACAAUGUAAAUUUAGAAGGAUUUUUCUUCAAAUUUAAAAAAUGGAAAUGCUAAAAAUAAGUAUCAAGACCUUUCAAACAAAGACAUAAAAGCUAUAAAAUCCAUUUAUUAGAAUAUACAGACGCCAAACUAUGCUAAGCAGAGAGUUUAAAGAAAUAAUGAAAUUUAAAUGGAUUCCUUCUACAAAUCUGUUAAUAAUUCUUUGCUUAUUGAUUCUAGCGUUACUUCUACCACUGUAGAACUCAAAUCAAUUAAUUAUGACUCCUCCAAAAAUACUAAAAUUUUCCCAAACGUAUAAUUUAAUGAUAAAGGUAUUUUAACUUAGAGAAUACUGCCAGACCAGAAAUAAGAGCUAAAUUUACCAUCAUUAUAGCGAGAGCAAUUUUCAGCUGGUAGUAUAUAACUUAAAAAGAGACUAUAACAUAUUAAAUUAGUUUACGACUCGAACGAGUUCAUAGAAAAUGAGGCUUUAAUUUAGAAAAGAAAAAACAGCCCAUUUUCUAUACAUUAAUCUAAAAUAAUGAAAGACAGUUAAUAUGGUACUGGAUCUAGCAUCUCAAAUAAAAAUGAUAAGGAGACAAAUAAGAACACAACAUCUUACAAAGAUGCAUUGUUUAGUAAUUUUUCAACUUCUAAUAGGCUUAGUAGAAUAGGUCAAGAUAAAAGAAAUAGAAAUUUCUAAAACUUAAACUUAAGUAGCAUGGUUUCACAUCGGAAACUCAACUCAGGUUCAGCGAGAUAUGAAGUUUAGUAGCCAUCUGAGAAUAGUGGUGGAUUUAACCAAUCAAUAAUUCUUCGUUUCAAUGCAAGCCCACUACAGGAACAAUAGCUUAUCAAGAAUAUGCAAUAUAAAGAAAGAGUUUUACUUGCAAAUGAAAAGAAUAUUUUCAAGAAAUAGUAUGCAGCCGCAAAUUUGCAAAACAUUGAAGAGAAAAACUAAGACAUUAAAAUAGAAAUCUUGCAAUAGUCUUUAAGAGAGUCUUAAAAAGGAAUAAGAAGAUCAUUUGAUAACCUUUAAUAUAGACAAGGAAGUUUUAAACCAGUAGGAAAUAAAACUGGAAAUAUUAAUAUCAAUCAGCAAAGUUCCGAUAAUCUCAUUGAUGUAAAUGAAAAGAGAUUUCAAACAAUUCAACCUUGA